AUGGCCACAUCAGGGAGGAAACAGAACAAGAAGACCAAACACGCGGAUAACCCUGUAGAUCUAAACGCGUUUGACUUCAAGACAGAUGAGGAAAAGAAAGUACUAAGUGGAUCUGACGAUGAUACAAGAGACGAUGAAACUCCAAUCAUAGACAAACUGGCCAAGAAACGAGCUGCAGAUACAUUUGAUGAUGAUGACCUAAGUGUAGGUGUGGGAAAUGAGGUUCAGUCAAUGCUGGAAAGAUUUGGUGCGGACAUCAGCAAGGCCAUGCAGAGUAAAAGGAAGCGCUUGGAGGCUCUUACCAAAAGCUCUUUAAAGGGCAGCACUCAGAAACUAGAGCAGAUGUGGAAAACCCAGCAGAAUCAGAGGCAGAAGCUGACUCAAGAGUAUUCCCAGCAGGUGUUCUCUGUACUUCAGCAAUGGGAGUCUGAUGCUCAGAAAUCUGAGGAACAGGAGGAGAAACUGAAUAAUUUGUUUCGCCAGCAGCAGAAGCUGCUCCAGCAGGCAAGGGUCGUGCAAAACCAAAAAAUUAAAACCAUCAAAGACCUGUAUGAACAGUUUGUCAAGAACAUGGAAGAGAUGGAAAAAGGCCAUGAAGCAUUCCUGCAGGGCACCCAGAUGGAGCUUAAAAAGGAAAUGGCCCUGCUGCAGAAGAAGAUAAUGAUGGACACACAACAACAGGAGAUGGCCACUGUUCGGAAGUCCCUUCAUUCCAUGCUCUUCUGA